AUGCAAAACACGCUCAGCAGCCAGAGACAGCAGCCUGGAGCCAGACAGCGUGUGCACCAUGAUAUUUAUACCAGACCAGUCUCUAUGGCCUCCGGACCAGUGGAUCCAGUUACAGCUGGGUUCCUCACUGUGGUGGACGGGGCCUCCCAGCCGCACCUCAAGGGGCGCGACUGUGGAGGUUCGCCCGAAGACUCUGAAUCUUUGGACCGCUGCAUCCAGACUACUCUGUCGUCCCUCUACCCGCCUUUCCAGGUCACAUCUUCAACUGUGCUCUGUCAGGUCCUCAACGUGGUGGAGAGCUGCUACAGAGGAGACGGUCUUCGCUACCUAAUCCACUUCCUGCUGCCAGCAAAGCAAUUCUUAGAGAACCUUCAGCAAGAUGCCUGCUUGCAGUACUGUGGUUUGUUAUUUAGUCAUGAAGGCUGGCCUCUGUGCGUCCAUGAGAAGAUAGUGGUGCAGCUUUGUCCUCUGGACCAGCGCCUCCUCCGUCCAGGAGACUUCUACCUGCUGGUUUCUGCUCCUGCUUCUCCUCUUCGCCCCCGAGCCCCCAGCGCCUCCUGCAGGAGCGUCGUCGCCUCCUCCCCUCGCCUGCUGGUGUGCAGCGUGUCGGCCGGCAGCAACCAUGUGGAGCAGCAGGAGGUGUCAGAGUUAGCCCUGCGGUCCCUCUUCAGCAUGGCCUGGCUGGACUCUGUGAACAGGGAGAGGGAGCAGCGAGGAGCGUCCAGGCUGGAGCGCUGCCUCCUCUCAGCCCACGGAGACGUCUUCAGGCUCCCAUGGGAGGACCUGGUCUACCCACAGUUCACCAGCCGGCCCAGGACCUCCCUGGGAGAGGACAAGAAGUCCAUCGUUAAGGAUGGAGAAAUGUUCAUCAACACAUCACGUGAUCCAUGUAGAGAUACCGACUCCACAGGAGAGGAUGUAAAGCUCCUCCCAUCCUCUACAAAAACCGACCAAUCAGCAGCGAGCAGCGAUGGAGAGGACUCAGAGGGGGAAUACGUGGAGCUGCUGGAGCUGCCGCUGCCUCGCUUCUCCCCACAGAAAGGCUCCUUAACCCAGCUCAUCGAGGAGAACUUCAACCAGGACUCUUGUAGACCCGUCAUUCUCACCCCAGUCUCCCCCGUCUCCUCCUCCUCCUCUUCCUCCUCUGCUCCUCCUGAAGUCGUGGAGACCUCCAGCUGUCAGUCGCAGCGCUGGAUGUCGCAGGAGCAAAUAGGAGAGAAGAAGAAGGAGGAGGUUGGUGAUGGAAGAACUGCAGAGCUUCAUCGUGAAGGUUCCAGCAGUGAGACGCCUCCUGUCCACUCAGACAUUGGUGUGUGUUCUGGUCCCAGUCCAACAGAACCACAACAACCAGCAAAGUCAGCUGCUCCCACAGUCCCAGUACAGGUCUCCCAGUCCUCCCAGUCCUCCCAGUCCUCCCAGUCCUCCCAGUCCAGCUUCAACAGUGUGCUGCUGAGGUCUGGAGCUCUCUGUCUGCCUGGAGUCAGAGACAGGAGUGGACGUCCUCUGCUGACCGUCUGCACCUCCAGCUCGGUGUGGUCCAACCCGGACUGCGACAGCGCCGAGCUGCUGCGCCUCCUGCUGUACUACUCCUCCAUCCUCAGGACGUGCGGGUGCAGGGGGCUGACGGUGCUGGUGGACGCCCGUAGAGCUGCUCCGGUCCCGGCUCUGUUCUCGGCUCUCAGGUCCCUGCAGGUGGAGGUGUUGAGCUCUCUGAAGUCUGUGCAGAAACACGUUGAUCUCCGUCAGCUUCCUGUAGAGUUCGGAGGGUUCAUUCAGCUUCAGUCAGAGCAGCUGGCUCUGCUUCAGAUCGGUCAAGUGGAGCAGCUGACCAAUCAGUGUGAAGUCGUCAUCAACCUGCUGCAGAAAACCAUCAACAUCCUGCAGUCCACACCUCUACCUGCUGCUGCUGAGGAGGCCGAGCUGCUGCUGUCCAGGUACAAGGCUGUGAUGCGUAGCAUCCUAGAAGACAGCCGAUUGGUCCAGCUGCAGCAGGGGGGCGGGGCUUUGCUGUCGCGGCUCCGCAGGGAGGAGAGCAGCAUCAGUGUGACUGAAGACUACCGAGCGGAGGUGGAGACGGUUUCCUGUCUGUACGAGCAGGUGGACGAGCUGCUGCACCGCCUGGUGACGCUGUCCAACGCCAGGACUCAGGAGCUGCAGCUCAUCUCAGAGUUCAGGAGUCUGGAGGAAGGAUUCACCGAGGUGAGGUCCUGGCUGCAGGAGGUCGGGGAGGUUCGUCUGAAGAGUCUUGACGAGUCGGAGGAUUCUCUGGAGCUGCUCAACAAAAAACAGCAAGACUUCAAAGAGUUCUACACAACUGCUUAUGACCGGUGUAAACGGGGCGAGGCGCUGCUGAGCCGUGUGGAUCGCUGGCAGGACGUGACGUCAGCUGAUCUCCAUCUCUACGAGGUCAAAGUUCAUUCCUUCUGGGCUCAGCUUCAGGACUUCUCUCAGCGGGUCAACAACACGGGACAGAACAUCGACCGGGCCGUCGCACUCUACAGCUUCUUAGACCAGGCGUAUGGCUGGGCGUUGGAGGGCAUGCGACACCUAGCCGGCAUCAGUAUGGAGGAAUGCACGCUGCCAGACAAAUGCCAGGCUGUGAUUGGCUGCCUGGAGGAAUACCACCGCCAGCACCCACCAAUCCCAGACGGCCGCUUCCAGGAGAUGAAGGAGGCGGCGGGCGAGUUGCGGGGGGAGCGAGGCCUCCGUCAGUGGAGCUUCGCUUGGUCCAAAUGUCAAGAGACCAAGAAGAUGUUCGACAGGAAGAUGGAGGCGGCGCUGCGGACCCGAGACUCCGCCCACCGGCGCCGCUCUGACUCCGCCCACAGCAGAGGCUCCACCCCCCUCAGCAGGAGGACCCUAUCGGGGCUCUGGAUGGGCCGAGAGACCCCCUCCAGCCCCCCCGAGGACAGCGUCACCUCCUCCCCCUCCUCCUCCUGCCCCUCCACCCCCCCCACAGGAAACGAGGCGUCGGACCUCUGCUCCCCCCGCCUCCCCCGCCUCCACUCCUCCGCCAGCCUCGCCCCCUCCUCCCCCUGCUCCUCCACCUCCUCCUGCUCCAGCAGACGGCAGCAGCUGAGGAAGACGCAGAGCUUCGACUGCCCCUCCACCCCCGAGUCGUCCCGGUACGGUCCGUGUCCGCGUGCUCUCAGCGAGCCGGUGAGACGAGGAAACACGGGCGUGUUCAUCCGCGGUCUGGAGGUCAGCAGCUCGGAGGCGGCCGACCACACGCUGUGCCCCAGGACGCCUGCUCCCGGCUGGGCGGGACAAGGGCCACGCAGCCCCGGGACCCCAGGGACCCCCCGGAGCCCCAGCAGCCCUGCAGCAGACCCCCGACCCAGAGGAAGGUGGGUCAUCAGGGAUUCACUUCUAUUGGUUCUCAGAGUUAAAGUCCGUGUAAAGUAA